AUGUCUUUGCUUGACUAUCAAGCUCAGUUUGGGCGACCCUCUGAGGAGCAACAGAACGCCCUAGCUCACCAGGUCAAGCGUAUAUCUGAGGAGCUAAGGCGUGUACGUCCUCUGCGUGGCCGCAAGAUCUGCCGCUUUGAUGGCUCUGCUUUGGAUGAUCCACGCAUCCAGCUUUUGGGAGGGUCAUUCGGCCCCUUCGAAUCAGUCGAAGACUUCCAGGAUGCCUUAUUGGGUUAUUCAGUGCUAGAGAUACCCGAAGAUGAGAAGGAGCCUGUCAUGGACAGGAUAACUCGCGCCUUCUCGUCACCUCGCGCAGUGGUACUGACGCACGGGGAUCUCACUCCGGCCAAUAUCCUGGUAGACAAGGACCUGAAAAUCACCGGUGUAAUUGACUGGGCCACGGCGUCCUGGAUGCCUGACUAUUGGGAGCUUAUCAAGUCGAUAUUCCUGUUGCAGUACAGAAGGGGUUACUGGCGUAAGGUGAUGGAGCAGGUUUACCCUGGUUACGGCGACGUCGUCGAGGCAGAUCAACUGAUACAGAAGUAUCGGCGAGUUUAUACAUGA